AUGGAUUCUCAUAUAAAAUAUCUAGAUGAGCUUAUCAAUGCUAUUAAAGGUUUUAGGACAGUUACAGAAGGUUCAGAGAAUGUUCAGGAAUAUACGAAAAACCUUCCACUACUUAAAAUCCCAGAUAAUGGUUAUUCAAAAAGUGUUAAAAUUAUUAAUACUUUAUUGAGAAAUUUAUAUGAUUGUGAAAGGAAAGAUAGUUUAAUGAGAAAUGAUAUUAUCUUUGCUAAAUCCAUAGAGGCAUUAGAUCUUUUGAUUUGUUCAAAUCCAUUUAUUUUAUCUAAUUUUUUACAAUUAGGGAUCAACAAUGGUGAACCGCCAAAAUUAGGCAUAAUAUCACUCUUUGAUCAGUUAUUAGAAAUAUCAAUUUCUCAUUACGAUAUUGAUCCUCACCAUAGAAUUUGGUUUAUAAGGAAAAAAAUAAGCAAUUGGUGUAAAAUCUCCAUUAGAUUAUACUCAGAAGUUUGCAAAAUUGCAUUAUCAGAACAUAUUAUACAGCUAAUUAAAACUUUAGAAGAUAGAAUUACAAAAGUUUUAAAUGGUAAUUGUGAGGUUACAUACUUUGUUCGUAGUUCAAAGAAAAUCUGGGUGUUCCUAUAUUGGUUUAGUGGUCGUAAUGAUUCUUUUGGAAAUUCACUAACUUUUCUAGAUUCAAAAUUAACACUCAAUGGCUGGGAUUUUUAUUUACAAAGAUUGCUAAGAAUUAUACUAUACGUUUUAAAUUCUGUGCAAUUACAAAAUAAUGAUAAACAGGUUGAAGAUUUAGAAAUUGCAUUCACUUCAAUAAUCGUGGAUUAUCUAGUAACUCAAUCAACUUUGACAAUAUAUGGCCCAAAAGUUAGAUUAGUUGAAAGAUUUAGAAGUUUAUUAUCCCUAUUGCAUCAAUUCACUACUAGGUUUAUAGGGCGUAAGGACCCAAAUCAAACAUUGGCUAAAAAUAUACUAAAAGUUUACACAUUUUGCAUUUCAAGAGGUUCAUUGGAUUCUGAAACUCUUGAUAUUUUCAUUGAAUCUUUCCCAAUUAACAACUGGGUACAAUUGAAAAACAUUACUGAAAAUAAUAUAGAACAUAUUUUCGAUGAGCUAACUUAUAAAGCAUUAAUUUUAAUAGCAUUCGACAUUGAAAGAAGAAAAUCUGAUAAAAAUGAUCUGGCAUUUAACGAAGACUGUAAAUUAUGGAUUAAGUCAGACAUAUCAUAUUCAAUUUUAGAAAAUGUUUUAGAACCAUAUGAUAUGAAUAUGAAACAAUUAGAGAACUUGAGAUUAAUGAUCGUUAAAGGGUUUAAGAAUAAGGAACAAAAUUCAAUAUUAUGCAUACUGCUAAAUAAUUUGGAACCUGGCAUAACUCAACGAUCUAAUAACGACCUACAGAUACUAUUCAAAGAAGUAACGAGUUCAAUUCAAACCUGUUUAGCUACAAACAAUUAUAGAAAGCUAGUAAAAUGGGCAAAUAUACUAGGUAUACUAGCCUGUUAUGAAGCCGAAAUGAUAUCUAAUCGGAAUUUAACAUUAGAUAGCUGGGAACCUUGCAAAACCUGUGAUACCUCUUCCAAGUGUAAUAUAUUUAAGCAAAUCAACCCAGAACGUCCACUUUGCACCAAAUCAUCCGAAUCAUACAGAAUACUAGCGAAGUUUUAUCUAUCUCAUCCAAAAUUGCUUGAACUGAACGCAUCGAUACUAUCAGGAAUUUUACUCGCAAUGAGAAGAGUAUUUGUACAUUUCCAACCUCCACAAUUGAAAAUAGAAGGCAGGAAAAUAUAUUCAGAAGGUAAAAUAGAUAGUUUUGGGAUUGUCAGGAAUUGUUUCAGUUCAAAAAAUAGAGAACUGAGACUUCUGUCAGGAAAACUAAUACCAGUAUGGAAUAUUUCGAGUGAUUUUAAUUCGGAAGAUGAACUCACUGCUGUGUUGAUUCAAUUUCUUCAAAUGAACCAGAAUCCAUCCCUAACAGAGGUAUCGAUAGUGGCUUGGUGUGAUUUAACACUAACAACGUCAGAGGAUAUCUUUGACUCUUUAUUGUUAAAAUUGAUAGAUAUUUUUAAGUCAUCUGAUUACACAGUUCAUAAUAUGAUGAAAUUUCAGAUUAAGGCACUAGCUAAGACAUUAAACAAAACUCCAUAUCAACUACUAUCCCCUAUUCUGCCAAUAUUACUACGUCAAACAGGAAAAAAUCUGGUUGAAAAAAGGCUUUCAUUUCAAAGACUAAUUGAUCUUUUAGGAUAUUCUGCAAAAACCGUCCUAGAUAUUUAUCAGCGGUACAUUAUACCUUAUUCUAUAACACAAUAUAAAACAGAUGUCUUCACUGAAAUAGCACAGAUAAUGUGUGAUGGUAAUGCUUCACAAAUUAAUGAACAAAAAAAGGUAUUGCUAAUUAAAAAUAGUAGACAAAUAUUCGCUGUUGCAUUAGUAAAAUAUGGAUUUUUUUCACUGGAAACUUUGGAAACUUUGUUUCUAAACAGGUUGCCAUCGUUUGAUAAGACUUAUAUUAGCGCUUAUCUUCCAGAUUAUAGAACUUUAGCUGAGUUUUUGAAAUUAUACAAAAACGACGAUCUGAAUAAUAGUACUGAAUCAGAAAAUGAAAGGAUGAUAUUAUAUUCUCUCAGAUUUUUAUUAACGGACUUUGAAAAGGAUAAAAAGCAUGGCUCGAAGUAUAAAAACGGUAAAGAUUGGUCAAUGACACAGGAACAAAAAUUCCAAACCAAGCUUCAGGAUAAUAUCUUAGGUAUUUUUCAAGUAUUUUCUAGUGAUAUACAUGAUGUUGAAGGGAGAACUUCUUACUAUGAAAAACUAAGAGUCAUCAACGGUAUUUCAUUCUUGAUUAAACAUGCUUGCAAAAAGGCAAUUAUUUCAGCUCUGGCACAAAUUAGUAUUUGUUUGCUGACAGGGCUUGAAAUUCAUGAAGUGAGGUAUAGCUCUCUCAAAUGUUGGCAUCUAUUAAUGGUGAGUUUGAACGACGAAGAGUUGUCGACAGUAAUAGAUAGUUUGAUCUGUUUCGUACUGCAAACUUGGAAAGACUUCAAUACCAAAACAAAGAGUAUUAUUUUCGAAAUAUUUGAUACGUUAAUCAAAGAUAAAACAAGUUUAAUAUUAAAUAUAAAGCCUUAUAUCACGUUGGCUUUAGUAAAUAAGGUGGAAAUAGGUAUCCUCUCUAGAGAUAACCAGUUUGCUAGGGUUGUAAAUAGGAUCCGUAAUAAUACUAAUUGGGUUCCUAUAUUUGCUAAAAAUUUGGAAAGUAACAAUAAAUAUGUCAUUCGCCAAACUUUGGAUGAUAUUGAGUUGUUUCUUAAAAGGAAGCAAACAGAACAUUCGUUCUCAUUUUUCUCAAAUAAUAAUAAGGAAACAAAUGUCACUGUUCUAUUGGGUGCUCUCCUUGAUACAUCGUUUAAAUAUAGAACUACAGAUAGGGAUUUAUGCGAAAAAUGUUCAAGAUGUAUCGGUUUGAUAGGUGUUCUUGAUGUUAACGUGUACGAUUUAUGGAAAACUUCUCCCUCUACUAAUGAAGUCUUUGAUCUGAACGAUGACAUCCAGACAAUAAAAUUCUUAAUUUGGAUGUUAAAUGAUAUUUUAGUACCAGCAUUUUGGCAGAGUGAGAAUCCAAGUAAACAAUUAUUUGUUGCCUUAGUGAUGCAAGAAUCUUUAAAAUAUUGUGGAUUAAGCUCCAGUUCUUGGGAUAUUAAUCAACCUGAAGUGUAUCCAAACGAAUUAAGGUUAUGGAAUAAAUUUAAUACGAUUUCAAAAACAACCUUAUAUCCAUUGCUUUCCUCGUUGUACUUGGCCCAAUCAUGGAAAGAGUACAUUCCCUUGAAAUAUCCUUCUUAUAACCAGAAGGAAGGUUAUUUACCUUGGAUCAAAAGUUUAACACUUGACCUACUUAAGACUGGUACAGAUGAAAAUCAUCCUUUACAUGUUUUUUCAUCAUUGAUAAGAGAAGAUGAUGGUUCUUUAUCUAAAUUUUUGCUACCAUAUAUUACAAUGGAUAUUAUCAUAAAAGCUGAAUCGGAGACAAUUUAUGAAACAAUUAUGAAUAAUUUAAUAACAGAAUUCAGAUAUAUUUUUAACUACAAGGUAGACGGUUUAAAUCAUCAUCAAAUGGAUUCUUUGAAGCUAUGCUACGAAUCGAUCUUUUCUGUGAUUGAAUACUGUAAGAAGUGGAUGACACACUUUAAGGAAACCUACAACAAUACAAAUGGAACACAUACUAUCAAGGAAACGAAAUACAUAAGAAUGUUGAGCAGAACGGAAAAUUUCUUGGAAGUAAUCCCCCCAGAAGUGUUAGCUCAAAGAUCUUUGGAAACUAGUUCUUUUGAGAGGUCUGCACUUUAUCUGGAGAAAUGGUAUAGGACGGAUCAAGAUAAUAAUUCAAAUAAUUCAAGUUUAUUGACUUCUCUACAAAGAACAUAUGAAGAGAUUGGUGACAUUGAUUCAAUUGAUGGUAUUCUAAAGGCGUUUUCAUCACAAAACUUGAGUUCAAAAAUUGAAGAGCUUCAAUUUUCAAAUAGCUGGGAAAUAGCUCAAGAUUGUUUUAAAACUUUAGGCAAAUUAAAUGACGAUAACCAGUCAAUAACUAAAAUGUUAAAGCUGACCUAUGAUCAUCAACAAUAUUCCAAAGUAGUGAAUGAUUUGUCAUUUGUAACUGAAAUACAUACCACUGAUCUAAACAAGGAAGAAAUCAAAUGGUAUAGACUUGCUAUGGAAUCUUCUAAUUUAACUGGUGAUCUAGGCUUAAUAAACAGGUGGAUAAAUAAUAUUGAAGUUUUAGAAUCCAUUCAUGAUCCUGAACUAUUAUUGCAUUAUAAUAUCGGAAAAGCUUUAUACUUUGUCCACGAAAAUAAUACAAAAAAGGUGGUAGAGUAUAUAAAUAGAUGUUUUAAGCUAAUAGGUAUUCAUUUCAUUACACCAUCAAGAGAAACUACACUAGCUAAAAAGCAAAAUUUAUUGAUGCAAUUGCAUAGCUUAUACGAUAUUUAUUUAUUAUCAUCAAAUGAUAAUGAAUACCUGUUCAGAAACAGUACUGACAUACUAGAUUUUAGAAUGAAAAGAAUCGGUGCUGAUUUUGUACCAAACCAUUAUUUACUCUCCAUUAGAAAGUCAUAUGAUUCUUUAAAGAAUAAAUCUUAUAGUAACGAAGAUUUAGUGAAUACUUUCUUUAAAAUUACAGAGCUGAGUAGAAAUAAUUCAAGGUUGGAUUUAGCUUCUGAAUCCUUAAUGAACUGCUUAAAACAUGAUCAAAAUCAAGCAGAACUGGAAUUUGCUGAGAUAUUAUGGAAACAAGGUGAAAAUGACAGAGCACUAAAAUUGGUUAAAGAAAUACAUGAAAAAUGUAAGAAUGACCCUAAUAUCAAGUGUAGAACUAAAGGUGCAAUUCUGUUGAAGUAUACUGAAUGGUUAGAUUUAUCUAAUUAUUCAGCUUCCGAACAAAUAAUAAAACAAUACCAGGACUUGCUUAAUCUAGAUCCACAGUGGGAAAAGCCUUAUUACUCUAUGGGUUUGUACUACAGUAGGUUAUUAGAAAGGAAAAAAGCAGAAGGAUAUGUAACGAAUGGUCGUUUAGAAUACAAAUCUAUAUCAUACUUCUUGCUGUCGUUCGAGAAGGACACAAUGAAAGUUCAUGAAACCUUACCGAAGGUUGUAACGUUUUGGCUGGAUACAGCAGCAGCCUGUGUAAAUGAGAAGGACACGAAUAGAAAAGAAAUUUUACAAAGAACCACUGAAGAUAUAUGCAAGCAUAUAGAAAGCGCAUUACAGAAUAGUCCUACAUAUAUAUGGUAUUCAGUCUUAACCCAAUUACUUUCAAGGCUAUUACAUGAGCAUCAAUCAUCCGCUCAGUUAAUUAUGCAUAUACUAUUAAGCUUGGCUUUUGAAUACCCAUCCCACAUCUUAUGGUAUAUUUCUAUUCUUUUAAACUCUAAAUCGAGUUCAAGAGUUAAGAGAGGGAAACAGAUAAUUGAAAAGAUUCAACAUCACUCCCAAGAUGGUAAUAAAUUAUUGGUUUCUUGUUCAGAAUUGGUAGAGUCACUAACAAUUGUCUGUUUGAAAGAUAUAAAAAAUUCAUCCACAAGAGCAGGGAAAUCAUUGGAAAAGGAUUUUAAAUUCAAUUUAAACCUGGCACCUUCUGAAAUGGUAGUUCCUGUUCGGAUUAAUUUGGAGAUGGUAUCACCUCUUUCUUCCGAAUCGAUGAAAGGUUAUAAGCCUUUUAGACCAGUGGUUAGUAUUGCAAGAUUUGGGACGUCAUACAAAGUCUUUUCGUCUUUGAAGAAACCCAAAAAAAUUAAUAUUGUUGGUUCAGAUGGUAAUAUCUACGGUAUUAUGUGUAAGAAAGAGGAUGUCAGACAAGAUAAUCAAUAUAUGCAAUUUGCUACCACGAUGGAUUUUAUGUUAGGUAAAGAUGUCGAAGCUACGAAACGAAAUUUAGGUAUAACCACUUAUUCUGUAUUAUCAUUGAGAGAAGAUUGUGGAUUAAUCGAAAUUAUUCCUAAUGUUGUUACUUUAAGAUCUGUGUUUGUUGAAAAGUAUGAAAGUAUGAAGGUAAAGUAUUCUUUUAAAAGUUUAUAUGAGCAAUGGCAACAAUUACCAGAUGAACAUAAAGUUGGAUAUUACAAAGAUCAAAUAUCAAAAUUUCCACCUGUAUUGUAUCAAUGGUUUUUGGAGACAUUUCCGGAUCCUAUUAGUUGGUUUAAUGCACGGAAUGCAUAUUCUCGAUCUAAUGCAGUGAUGGCUAUGGUAGGCUAUAUAUUAGGUCUUGGUGAUAGACAUUGUGAGAAUAUUUUGCUAGACGUUGAAACUGGUAAGGUUUUACAUGUUGAUUUCGAUUGUUUAUUUGAAAAGGGUAAGAGAUUACCUAUACCUGAAGUUGUGCCAUUUAGAUUGACACAAAAUAUGUAUGAUGCGUUGGGUAUAACAGGAACUGAAGGUACCUUUAAAAAAUCAAGCGAAGUGACUGUGUCUAUAAUGAGACAAAAUGAAAUCUCCUUAGUUAACGUUAUUGAAACUAUUCUAUAUGACCGAGAUAUGGACUACUCGAUUCAAAAAGCAUUAAAAGUUUUGAGAAAUAAGAUCCGUGGUAUUGACCCUCGAGAUGGACUUGUAUUAAGUGUCCAAGGUCAAGUUGAGACGUUGAUUCAAGAUGCUACGUCUGAUGAGAAAUUAAGUCAGAUGUAUAUAGGUUGGUUACCAUUUUGGUAA